AGACGCGCGUGAGGACCAAACACAGCAGAACGACACAGAUGCUCUCUAGCGCCACCUUCAGAUCCUCAUCAUGACGAGAGAGCCGUCAGUCCUGCUGCUGCUGCUAACACUGCUGGACACACAGCUGUGUCUCUGUGAGGAGGGGGUCGUCGUGGCGAUGAUGUCAGCGGAGCAGGUGAACGAUAUCCCAGAAUCCUCUCUUGAUCUGAAAGUGACGCGCCAUCAGAUCCUCACGGCCCAGUUUGAGUGUUACAUGAAGAUCAUGAAGGAGCCGCCACGCACCGACCCGGGCCCGUACUGUAACCGCACGUGGGAUGGUUGGCUCUGUUGGGGAGACUCCGCCCCCGGCACCGCAGUCCAGCCCUGCCCCGCCCACUUCCUGGACUUUGAUCCAGCCGAGAAAGUGACCAAAGUGUGUGACUCAGACGGUCACUGGUUUCGUCACCCGGAGAGCAGCCGUCUGUGGUCCAACUACACACAGUGCACGGCUUACACGAAGCAGAAACUCCAGCUCACACUCGCCAGUUAUUAUCUGGCGAUGGUCGGCCACGUCCUGUCCAUCAUCUCGCUGCUCGUCUCCAUCUGCAUCUUCUCAUACUUCAAGUGUUUGAGCUGCCAGCGCAUCACGCUUCAUAAAAACAUGUUCACCUCCUUCAUCCUGAACUCGAUCGCCACCAUCUGCUGGUUCUACUUCGUCGUCAGAUCUCAGCCGACCAGAACAGACUCGUCUCAGAUCGGCUGUAAGCUGCUGGCUAGCAUCAUGCUCUACACGUUCUGCUCUAAUUAUUUCUGGAUGCUGUGUGAGGGGAUCUACCUGCACACGCUCAUCAUCGUGGCUGUGUUCGUGGGCGAGCAGCAGCUGGGCUGGUAUUACGUCCUCGGCUGGGGUUUCCCAGUGAUCCCUGCGGUCCUGCACGCUGUGGCACGUCUGCUCUUCCACGACGACAGGUGUUGGACCAUGAACGUAAAGCUGCUGUACAUCACACACGGCCCCAUUCACGUGGCUCUGCUGGUGAACCUGUUCUUCCUUCUGAACAUCGUGCGGGUGUUAAUCACCAAACUGCGGGUCACUCACCGCACUGAGACCAAUGUGUACAUGAAGGCGGUUCGUGCCACCAUCAUCCUGGUUCCUCUGCUGGGCGCUCAGUUCAUCCUGGUGCCGCUGCAGCCCAGCGAACGCAUCUCUGUCGCCAUCUACGAGCUCUUCAUGAACAUCUUUGUGCAUUACCAGGGUCUCCUGGUGGCCGUAAUGUUCUGCUUCUGUAAUGGAGAGGUGCAGUCAGCACUGAGACGCAAGUUUGCGCAGUAUCGCGGUCAGCGAAAGCGCCGGAGUCUGGUGACCACUGACUCUCACUGUAACUACCACACCAACUCGUCCAUCACCGAGACCAGCCGGGUCACCAUCAGCCUGGAGCACGGCCCGAUCAACACGAACGAUAACGUGCAUGUGCUCAAUAGCCAGAGCAACGGCAAACGCUGCUCCAGCGACGUCCUCGCGUCGACUGAAAUAUGAGCUUCUGUCUAAUCAUGCGCACUAAUGACCCCAACUCUAAAGUGCAUUCCCAGCUAACAAACGUGUACUAGGAACAUUUUACUUACAUUGCAAUUACAUUAUGAAGACGUUAUUUUUUUUAAAUGUUUUCUGAAUGUUCAAAGCAUCACGUUUUUAAAUGUUUUAGAAACUGCUUAUGAGAGAAUUAAAGUAACAUUCCAUUUUAUUGUUACGGGAAUGUUACUUUUGAAUGUUCUCUGAACAUUCCGAAACAAGUAGUUUAAACCCAGGUGACACAUCUAGUUUAUGAAUACGUUGUGGCAAUGUUGUUUUGAAACAUUUAAAUGUCCAGUUUUCUUGAUGUGAUUAUAACAUUAUUUAAAAGUUACAAAAACAUUUCUUGCCACAUUUUACUAACUUUAUUUUGACCCAAUAUAUAACAAUUUUUGAAUACAAUUAUAUUUAAAAUUCUUAGAACAUUAAAAUGUCACUGAAUUAUACAGCAUUCUAUUAACUUUUCACCCAAAAUAUAACAAAUGUUUAAUUUUUAAUAGUUUAAGAACAUUAAAUGUCACUGAAUUAUAUUUAAACGUUACAAAACAACGUGUCCUACAAUGUUCUACUAACUUUCUUUUAACCCCAAAUGUAACAUUAUUUAAAUAUUUCUUUUUUAGAAUCUAAGACCAAUAUAAUGUCCAGUGUUCUUUUAAAGGUUCCAAAAAUGUUUUUUAGAAUGUUCAUCAAAGUUCAAACAUCAUCAUAAGGACAUCACGGGAAAGUCGAUCUCGGAAUUUUGUCGCUCAACAUUAUGAGAACUUGUAUCGAAUAGUAAUAAAGUUAUCAAAACAUUCUGUAAACAUUACUUGAAAAACGCUUUGUCCUAACAUUUAUGUAACUUUAAAAAAAAUGUUGGUGAAAGUUCUGGGAACGUUCCCUGUUAGCUGGGUUGUACUUCUUUAAUGUAGUGUAUGUUUGUUAUGGAUUAAUACAUGUAUUAGUGUUUUAUUUGUGACACUUUUAAACCCUUUAUAGCCUAUUUGUACAUUUAAACACAUCAGUCUGACUGUAAAGUUGCUGCUAGCGCCAUUUAUUCAGUCUAAACUGUUCACACGUAUGUAUAUUUCAAUAUAAAUGGAAGGAUUGUGUAUCAUGUGUUCAUACAGAGAAAAAUUACAUCUGCAAGACGUAUUUUUUAGCGUGUUUGCUUAACUGUGAUACGUCUAUAGGACGUUUCCUAUCAGAUGUCAAAUAGAAGUUUAGAAGUCUUUAAGGUGUUUAUGAUUUGUAAAACUGAUAUCUUAAAGACAUCUAUCUGAUGUUUAUGCACAGCAGAUGCUUUCCAGAUCUUUAACAGAUGUGUGCAAUCUGGGGGAGGUUAACGCGUUCACACAUUAUAUACCGGGACUUUUUGUAUGUAUAAAGUUGUAAAUAAGCUGUUGUAUAAGCACUUGUGUUUUUCACCUAAUGUAUCUGCUUCAUAAGGAGAGGAGAUUUAAUCUUUCUGUGUUUUUAUGAUGUGCUGUCACAUUUGCUUUUUGUGGUUAUGAGAAAACGCAAAAAGACAAAACAUUCCACUUUGACUUGUUAAUAUCAGAAAAUCAGUAUUUCUGUAAACUCAAAAGUAUUUGGAUUUGAAAUGGCGAUAGUUAAAGUACUGCAUACAGAGGAAUUUGUGUUCAUCUUUUACGUUGAUUAUCACCCUAUAUACAAUCAGAUACAAUAAUUUGUCAAAUAUUUAAAACAAUACUGAUAAACUGAACAUUCUCUUUAAUGGUGUGAAAGACUGGAUGGUUUCAGCUGAUUUCCUCUUGAACUGUCACCAACUGAACUGCAGUGUCGAACUAUAAAGAACAAUAUUUCCAUCUAACAUGUAUUUUGAGCUGCAGCUCUUCACAUUAAUGAAGUGUUUAGCAGUAAACCAGUUACCUCACCUAUUUAUUAUAAAUAAACACAGAACUUUACCCUAACAUAUGACUCCCAAAAUCUUUAAUACCGUAAAAUUGACGGUAAAAAAACUGUCAGCUGUGGUUGCCAGAAUGCUACUGUAAAAAAUAUGGUAACAAUGUUUUUUACAGUU